UGCACACGAACCUUUGGUAUCCCCCUUCCCCUCCCCUCCUCCGCCGUCGAAGCCACCUCUGCACACGGCGCGCUGUUUUCCGGGAGCCUAUAGUGUGAGGGAACACGCGGACACCACCUUCGAAAAGCAUCGAAUCACUGGCUGUAUGCAAAGACAUCCUAUGAGACCACGGCGUUGUUGUUGUAUACGCUGCUAAAUUAUGUAUUUUAUAUAUUUACAAACCUUGAACAAGAUGGCUAAACGUAAAGUAAGCACGAUGUACCGGAACGAAAGUUAUUAGAUGAAAUGUCAAAACUGAGUAGUAUUUAUCAUUUUCUUACAUAUGACAAGAUUGCUACGUGUAUUCUCAUUACUAUUAUUGUUCUCCGCAGUUGGAAAGAUGUGCAUUGUUAUUUGGAAAAAUAAUGCUUUUGUGGAACGCCUUCUCCAUCCAAAUUAUCUUUGGUAAUGUAUAAAUUUACAGACGUUUGGUAAUAUUUAAUAUAUUUAUACAAAUAAGCGUCAAUAAUAUUACAGUUGUAUCAAGUAUAAUAGAUGCAUACUAUUAGAAAGCAUGCUAUUUUGGAAAGGAAAUGCUGGAUCACAAUCUAUUUGAAGUCAGUCGUAAUAAGUAUUACAAAUAUCUGCCAGAACAACCUAAAUAAAAGCACGACACGAUAUAUGUAAAUAAACAGAGCACUCUAAUAUCGGUAAGUAUUAGUUAUGGGCAAUAUGUCAGCGUAGUGUAUAUGUUACUAGUUUCUGUCACCUCUGAAAUAUUCAGGCGGAAACUGGCCAGUUUUGCAACAUCUAUCACGUGAAUCACAGAAGCAUUUUUAAUGCAUGUACAUAACGCCCUCAGUAAAUACCUAACUGAAUAUGUUAUGUAUUUAAAAAAGUUCUACAUAAAUAUAUAGUAUAUAAAUAAUGUAGUAUUGCUAUAUUCUACAAUCUCAACUCCUGUGCUACCUCACCUUUGCUGUCUGGGAUAGACUUCAGGCCCUUGGCAAUCCUGUACAGAUAUCCUUCAGUUUUCCUGUGUUAUAAAGGUAAUAUAACUGUAUGUGUAUGUUUUUUCUAAGAUAAAAUUAAAUGAUACAAGGGAAAGGUAUUAUUUGAAGAGUGUGCUUUAUCAAACGUUUUAAUCAAACUGUGACACUCCCUCCUUAAAUGCCUGUCUACAUUUAUGGAGUGAAACAUCUUCAUAGACCUUUUAGCCAGAAUACUGGAUCAAUUUCCUGGCUGAUUGUUUCCUUCGUCAGCUUUUAAGGUGGUUUGCAUCCUCAGGAAUCUCUCAUAAUGUUACUAUAUUAGAGCUUUCAGCAUUUUUUAAUAAGUAUUGUUUUUUGUGUUUUUAUUUGAGGAUUAUUUAUGAAUGAGGGCUGCCAACUGAUGUAAUUUAUGUAGGUUUAUCUGGGUCAGUUUCUACACGGCCUUUGGGGGCGUUUGUGCAAUUCUCAGGUGUUUCUUUUAUAGUCUUGAUCUCAUUGUGUCUUUCUUUUAAUUAUGGAAAAAUUAUAUAUCUCACCUCUGUCUGUGCUGCAUAAACGAGAGGCUGAUCUGUUUUUCGACUGAUGUGAGAACCAGAUGAUGCAAGCUUGGGGGAAUACCUUAAAUCUCCACUAGGAACCGCCCCUGAGCUGUCCCCGCCUCACUCCCACAUUUGUCAAUAUGAGUUGUUUGCAUUAAGUCAUUUCCGCGGAUUUGCCAAGCAGAGGUUUGUUAUUUUUACCGACUGUUUACAGCAGAUUUCCUUGAGAAUAAGCACAUCUGCUUCAUUGCCAUUAGGCCUUCCGGGAUGAUGAUGCCCAAUCCUAGAAGACCAACUGAAUUUCUUGCUGGGAGACACUUGUCCCUAAGAGCACCUGGAGGAUAAGAAGCAGAGUGCUGCAGCCGCACGAUAACAAUGCCACUUACUCGUCUGCUCAGCCAAGCUCGCACGCACAAGCAAACUCUUCCGAUGGUGAUGAGACCAGCAGUCACCUGGGAUUACUGAAGCCAGCUGCUAAUGGGAAUGGAGCACUUUCACGGAGCCUGGAAGACCAUAAGCAACGGCUUUGGUUUUAAGGAUUCGGUGUUUGAAGACUCCUGCAUGUCGCCCACUAUCGUCCAAGGCUUCGCCUAUCAGCGCCGCUCGUCCGGCGACGGCAAGAUCACCGACUCGCCCAAGACGAGCAGCACCAUCCGGGUGUACCUGCCUAACAAGCAGCGGACCGUGGUGAACGUGCGGCCCGGAAUGACCCUGUACAACUGUCUGAUCAAGGCCCUGAAGGUUCGAGGGCUUCAGCCCGCUUGCUGUGCCGUCUUCAGGCUACACCCCGGACAGAAGAGCAAGAAGUCCCGCAUGGAUUGGAACACAGACUCUACCUCGCUGAUCGGGGAGGACCUGCUGGUGGAGGUCUUAGACCACGUGCCUCUGACCACGCACAACUUCGUGCGCAAGACGUUCCUGAAGCUGGCGUUCUGCGACAUCUGCCAGAAGUUCCUGCUGAACGGCUUCCGGUGCCAGACCUGCGGUUAUAAGUUUCACGAGCACUGCAGCACCAAAGUGCCCACGAUGUGCGUGGACUGGAGCAACAUGAGGCAGCUUCUCCUCUUCCCGUCUCCGGGUGACAGUGGUAGCCAUUCUCUGCCACCGCUCUCGUCGCGGCGCGUUCGGGACUCCAUCUCCCGCUUACCCUCCAGCUCUCAACACAGACACUCUACCCCCCAUGCCUUCAGUGAUGUCACGCCCUACGCGUCCUCUGGGGGCUCCCUCUCCCAGAGGCAGAGGUCGACCUCCACACCCAACGUGCACAUGGUCAGUACCACGGCACCUAUCGACGGCGGCAUAAUUGAGUUCGAUUGCCUGAACGUGUCCCCUAGCUCCUGGUGUCGUCGUUUUUGCCUGAAGAGAAGAGUCGGUAUCGUUCACUUAACCAGGGCUGUAGCCGACGCUAGACAAGGCCCCCCAGAAAAGGUCAAAAAUGAUGUCCUGAUAGGUGGUGAUACUGGGAGUCCGCAGAACCAGAGCCCAACGGGCUGGUCCCAGUCCAAGACCCUGGCCCCCGCACACAGGGAGAGGGCCCCCUCCAGCAACACGCACGAGAAAAACCGAAUCCGGCCUCGAGACAAGCGAGACUCCAGUUACUACUGGGAGAUAGAAGCCAGCGAAGUGGCACUGCUGUCCCGGAUCGGCUCCGGGUCCUUCGGGACCGUCUACAAAGGGAAGUGGCACGGUGAUGUGGCCGUGAAGAUUUUAAAGGUCACUGAUCCAACUCCGGAACAGUUCCAGGCCUUUCGCAAUGAGGUAGCGGUCCUGAGGAAGACCAGACACGUCAACAUCCUAUUGUUCAUGGGAUACAUGACGAAAGAGAACCUUGCUAUCGUGACGCAAUGGUGCGACGGCAGUAGCCUCUACAAACAUCUGCAUGUGCAGGAGACCAACCUGCAGAUGUUUCAGCUCAUCGACAUCGCCAGGCAGACUGCCCAGGGCAUGGAUUAUCUACAUGCAAAGAAUAUCAUCCAUCGGGACAUGAAGUCAAACAAUAUCUUCUUACAUGAAGGUCUGACGGUAAAGAUCGGAGACUUUGGCCUGGCUACUGUGAAAGCUAGGUGGAGUGGAUCCCAGCAGGUGGAACAGCCCUCUGGAUCCAUACUCUGGAUGGCCCCUGAGGUCAUUCGCAUGCAGGACAGUAACCCGUACAGCUUCCAGUCGGACGUCUACGCCUAUGGUAUCGUGCUCUACGAGCUGAUGACAGGAGAGCUUCCGUACGCCCUCAUUGCUAACAGAGACCAGAUCAUCUUCAUGGUUGGCCGGGGCUACCUCUCCCCAGACCUCAGUAAGCUGUACAAGAACUGCCCCAAAUCCAUGAAGAGGCUGGUCGCUGACUGCAUCAAGAAAUCCAAAGACGAGAGGCCCUUGUUCCCGCAGAUCCUGUCGUCCAUAGAGCUCCUGCAGCACUCGCUGCCUAAGAUAAACCGCAGUGCCUCUGAGCCCUCUCUGCACCGCGCCUCUCAUACUGAGGACAUCAACUCUUGCACUUUGACCUCUACAAGGCUGCCCGUCUUCUAGGGCGUCCUGGUCCAACCCCGAUGCUGAGCCAGACACCCCCCCCCCCGGACCUGGUAGAGACUGAUGCGCUUGGCUACUCAGAGACUGCAGAGCAACUGGGUGAAUUUGUACAAAGCAGGCCUUGGGCUGGUGACCUGCCGUCACGGCCUGGGAAUAGACAGGACGUUUAUGCUCUCCGAUAGCAUGUGUAGUGCUUUUCUUUCCCUUUGCUGUCCUGACCUCGUAACUUCAGAAUGGAAGAUUUUUUUUUUUUUUUUUUUUUUAAUACAGAAAAGCUCUUUAUAAACACUUAACUUUUCGGCGAAUGUGGCAGUUUUUUUUUUUUUUCAUUUUAAUAAGCCCUUGGAAUUUCAUAGCCCUCAGUUUGUUUUAACGUUGGUCAUUUGUAUGCUUGAAUCUUGUUUCCCUCCCAAUUCAUGUGUAGUUUCUAGUAUAGAGUCCAAUAUGUAGAACCUUUUUAAAUUUUACACCAUGGCCAUCAAACCUGGGGAAAAAAAACGUCCUGGUUGCCCGGAUGAUGUCUGUUUUCCAGUUCUUUAUUCCCCAGUUCAGGACAUGGUUUCACAGUUUAGCUUUUUAGGGCUGUUUAUGAAAUAAAUCAUUCUGCUGUCUUUCUCUUGUGGGAGGGGGAUUUGAGGGCAGAGAAUGACUGCUUUGUUUAAGGUCUAUAACUGAUUUGGGGUUUUGACAUUUUUGGAUCUCGUGCUUGUUAUGGAGGAUAAACGUGUUGUAAACUUCAAGAUUUGUUUAUCCAGUGUAUUUUAAUAAAAUUAAGUUAAAUGCAUUCCUCUCUGGAAUGAAAAUAAAAGGUCUUUUGCAUUCUU